AGCCUCUCGCUCACUCCCUUCCUGCUGCAUCACAACAGCCGCUAGUAGCACCCUGGCAAUUUGCAGUGACCGGGGGACUGGAUAGUCAAAACUAAUUAGCAUAAUAAUAACUCUAAACAUAACACUAGCUAACAUCACCAUAACACAGUAAUCUACGGAAACCAUUUGCAUUGAGAUAUCCCCUUGGAACCGCUGGGACAUGGCCAGGCAAGAUCAGGUCCUGCUCUUGGAGCCACAGCACGAACUGAAAUUCCGAGGUCCCUUCUCGGAUGUGGUCAACACAACCUUAAAGCUCGCCAACCCUACAGACAGGAAUGUGUGCUUCAAAGUCAAGACGACGGCCCCGCGCCGGUACUGUGUCCGGCCAAACAGCGGCGUCAUCGACGCCGGCACCUCAAUCAACGUCUCAGUGAUGCUGCAGCCUUUCGAUUACGACCCCAACGAGAAAAGCAAACACAAGUUCAUGGUGCAGUCCAUGCUGGCUCCCCCCGAAAUGACGGACAUGGAGGGAGUGUGGAAGGAGGCAAAGCCAGAGGAGCUGAUGGACUCCAAGCUGAGGUGUGUCUUUGAGCUGCCGGCGGAGAACGAGAAAACGCACCAUGACUUGGACGCCAACAAGAUGAUGUCGUCCAACCUGCUCAAGUCUGAGUCAUCCACACUGUCCAUGAGGUCCAUGAGCUCCACCCUGGACGACGGCGAGGUGAAGAAGAUCAUGGAGGAGUGUAAGAGGCUGCAGAUGGAGGCACAGCGGCUACGGGAAGAGAACAAACAGAUCAGGGAAGACGACGGCCUGCGGAUGAGGAAGAGCAACGUGAUGUCCUCCCAGCACUCCUCCCACUCCAUGGUGAAAGAGGAGGGGCUGAGCCUGCGCACAGUGGCCCUCAUCGUGCUCUUCUUCGUGGUCGGAGUCAUCAUCGGCAAGUUGGUCUUGUAAGAGCGAGUGGCAAGCGAGAGACGGCCAACCGCAUGCUUUCGGGGGAUUGAAACAAACAACGGAUUUGCCAUUUUUUUGGAUUCAGAAAUGCCAUAUCAAUGGGGUAGUUUUGAAAUCGUUCAUUUAUGUACUAAUAAAAAAAGGAGAUACAAAAAAACAUCCAUAUUAUGAACAAACCAACGAGCGAGGGGGGGAAGCAACUGGUCAUGCCUCUUUAAUCAUUACAUAAUCAUUCUGCCUUCCUCCCAAAUACUUGCACCACCGAUACAAGAUGAGGAGCAGGAGGAAGAAAAAUGCAGAUCAUUAACCAGGCUUCCAUCCAACCGUUUUAUGUGAGGAAAGUACGUUGGAUAAUAAAUGUCACGACAGGCCUGAUGGAAA